CGCCCGGCAGGCUUUCCAUUUGAGUGGGAGAGUUGAAGCGAAAGGCAGAGAAAGAGGGGAAGAAAAAAAAAAAAAAAUCCUGUCUGCGGUGGAAAGAGAAAAGAAAACUUGGGCUGACAGGAGGGGGUGGGGGGUGGAAGGAAGUGAGAAAACAAAAGAGAGAUAAAAGGGCUGCUUUUUGCCUCUCUUCCUCUGCGCGCUGGCUUAGGAGGAGCUGUUUUCCAUCCCUUCAACGUCAGCCCUGCCUCACUCCCUUCUUCCUGGGAGGGAGAGAGAGAGAGAGAGAGAGAGAGAGAGAGCGAGAGGAGGAGAGAGGAAGAGAGAGAGAGAGAGGGAGCAAGAGGCAGAGGGAGAGAGAGAAAGAGAGGAGCGGAGGGCGGGCGCGGAGCAGGCGGCGGGCGCGCGUGGAGGCGGCGGGCGCGCAGCAGCAGCCGGCGGUGGGCACCCGAGCCCCCGGCCCGCGAGGGCCCCAGCGCAGCAGCCGCGCCCGGACCAGGGUGUUCGCAGAAGGACUUUGCAACCCUCGAGGGUCACCCAGCCACCUUUGAAGCUGCUCUUUUCAACCCUGCCUUUGAGUCCAUCGAUGCCCUCCUAGCCCCCCCGCCCAGGGAUGGAGGGCUUUAUGGACUCAGGGACCCAGACGGACGCGGUGGUGGUGCUGUCCCUGGCCCAGGCUGCCGUGCUGGGCCUGGUGUCGGAAAAUGAGCUCUUCGGAGCCACCAUCAGCGCCGAGGCCUUCUACCCGGACCUGGGCCCCGAGCUGUCGGCGGCCUCCCUGGGGGAGCCGGGCCCCCCGGACCCCGAGGUCUACCAGCUGGCCUGCAACGGGCGCGCCCUGGAGGAGCCUGCGGAGGAGGAGGUGCUGGAGGUGGAGGCGGCCUUCGAGAAGCACACGCGGCGGAAGACGCGGCCGCCCGUGCGCCUGGUGCCCAAGGUCAAGUUUGAGAAGAUAGAGGAGGAAGAGGAGGAGGAGGAGCAGGAAGUCUACGAGGUGUCCGUGCCCGGCGGCGGCGGCGAUGACAAGGAUGCGGGCCCCGCCGAGGUCCCCGCCGCGCAGGUGGCCGGCGGCUGCGAGUCCCUGGUGCAGAGCAGCGCCGUCAAGAUGAUCGACCUCAGCGCCUUCAGCCGCAAGCCCCGGCCGCUGCGGCCCCUGCCCCGAGCCCCGCGGCCCGAGCUGGACCUGGCCGCCCCCUACGACCCCCACUUCCCCGAUCCCGCCCGGGAGAUCUUCCCGGAGCCCAGCCUGGCGCUGCCGGGGGCGCCCGCCGCCUUGCCCGCCGCCGCCGAGUGUGGCUUCGAGCCGCCGCCGCACCUGGCCCCGCUGAGCGACCCCGAGGCGCCCCCCGCCGUGGGGUCCCCGGAGCCCCCCCUGAAGCCCGAGGGCUUCGCGUGGCCGGAGGCGGGCGAGCUGGAGGCGGACGCGGCCGGCGCCACGGCCGAGCGGCACAAGAAGGCGCAGCUGGACCGGCUGGACAUCAACGUGCAGAUCGACGACUCGUACCUGGUGGAGGCGGGCGACCGGCAGAAGCGCUGGCAGUGCCGCAUGUGCGAGAAGUCCUACACGUCCAAGUACAACCUGGUGACGCACAUCCUGGGCCACAACGGCAUCAAGCCGCACUCGUGCCCGCACUGCGGCAAGCUCUUCAAGCAGCCCAGCCACCUGCAGACGCACCUGCUCACGCACCAGGGCACGCGGCCGCACAAGUGCCAGGUGUGCCACAAGGCCUUCACGCAGACCAGCCACCUCAAGCGCCACAUGCUGCUGCACUCCGAGGUCAAGCCCUACAGCUGCCACUUCUGCGGCCGCGGCUUCGCCUACCCCAGCGAGCUCAAGGCCCACGAGGUGAAGCACGAGAGCGGCCGCUGCCACGUGUGCGUGGAGUGCGGCCUGGACUUCUCCACGCUCACGCAGCUCAAGCGCCACCUGGCCUCCCACCAGGGCCCCACCCUCUACCAGUGCCUCGAGUGCGACAAGUCCUUCCACUACCGCAGCCAGCUGCAGAACCACAUGCUCAAGCACCAAAACGUGCGGCCCUUCGUGUGCACCGAGUGCGGCAUGGAGUUCAGCCAGGUCCACCACCUCAAGCAGCACUCGCUCACGCACAAGGGUGUGAAGGAGUUCAAGUGCGAGGUGUGUGGCCGGGAGUUCACGCUGCAGGCGAACAUGAAGCGGCACAUGCUGAUCCACACCAGCGUCCGGCCCUACCAGUGCCACAUCUGCUUCAAGACCUUCGUGCAGAAGCAGACUCUCAAGACCCACAUGAUUGUACACUCGCCGGUGAAGCCAUUCAAAUGCAAGGUGUGCGGGAAGUCCUUCAACCGCAUGUACAACCUGCUGGGCCACAUGCACCUGCACGCGGGCAGCAAGCCCUUCAAGUGCCCCUACUGCUCCAGCAAGUUCAACCUCAAGGGCAACCUGAGCCGGCACAUGAAGGUCAAGCACGGCGUCAUGGACAUCGGCCUGGACAGCCAAGACCCCAUGAUGGAGCUGGCGGGCACCGACCCCUCGGAGCUGGACAGCCAGCAGGAGAUGGAGGACUUUGAGGAGAACGCCUACGCGUACGCGGGCGUGGACGGCAGCGCCGAGGCCAGCGUCCUCACCGAGCAGGCCAUGAAGGAGAUGGCCUACUACAACGUGCUAUAGCGAAGCCGGGCCGCCCGGAACCCGUUUUGCUAAAGCAAGGUGAGGAGGUGACCCGGCCGGCGUGGCUCCGUGUUUAAGCAUCGACCCAUGAACCAGGAGGUCACGGCUGGAUUCCAGGUCAGGGGCACAUGCCGGGACUGUGGGCUCGAUCCCCAGUAGGGGGCGUGCAGGAGGCAGGUGAUCCAUGAUUCUCUCUCAUCACAGAUGCCUCUAUCUCUCCCUCUCUCUCUCUUUCUGAAAUCAAUAAAAACA